AUGCUGGCGCCAGAUCGGGCCGCAUCCACCUACGCCCGGGCCGGAAGCCGCCUGCGGAGCCACUUCCGUCUCCUGCAUCCUUCAUCAACUUCUUGCCUUUGCUCUCCGAUUGACAGUCCAGAUCCAGCACCCCGGUCGCUCCACACUUUCGUCGCCUAG